GUUCCCUAUACAAAUAAGAGCGCCGGAUUGAGAUUUGUUUUUAGCUUAGCUGGGACACACGAGAGAAAUUGUAACCGAGAAAAAAUAAGUUUAAGCUUCUUUUCUCUGAAAAUUAUUAUCCUUUCAGCAUUCUUGCAGACGUCCCACACUUCCUCAUUUUUCUGAGGUCGACUUGCUGCCAUGCCGGUGCACCGUGACCGGGAGAAGAAGGAGAACACAGCAGAGGAGAUGGAGGUGGAGGAUCAGGAGCAAGAGGUGUCCAGCUCAGAGGAGGAGGAUUCUGACACCUCCUCUGUCUCUGAGGAUGGAGACAGCUCUGAAAUGGAUGAGGAGGACUGUGAGCGGAGGAGGGUGGAGUGUCUGGAUGAAAUGUCCAACCUGGAGAAACAGUUUACAGAUCUCAAAGACCAGCUGUAUCGUGAGCGUCUCAGUCAGGUGAACAGCAAGCUGGCAGAGGUUGAGGCUGGCCGGGCAGCAGAAUACCUGGAGCCUCUCGCAGUAUUGCUGGAGAACAUGCAGGUCCGCACCAAGGUGGCAGGUAUCUACAGAGAGUUGUGUCUGGAGUCUGUGAAGAACAAGUACGAGUGUGAGACCCAGGCAGCGUGCCAGCACUGGGAGAGUGAGAAGCUGCUGCUGUUUGAUACAGUACAGAGUGAACUGGAGGAGAAAAUCAGAAGACUGGAGGAAGACAGACACAGCAUAGAUAUUACAUCAGAGUUGUGGAAUGAUGAGGUAUCGGGAAGGAAGAAGAGGAGAGAUGCUUUAAGUCCAGAUAAGAAGAAGAGACGACCUUCAGUGGUGUCUGGGCCGUAUAUUGUUUACCUGCUGCCUGACUUGGACAUCCUGGAGGACUGGACAGCUAUCAGAAAGGCCGUGGCCACACUGGGUCCCCACAGAGGGAAGGUCGACACUGACAGCUCAGUGUUCCCGUUCCGACCAGACAGAAACCGAUCCAUUCUCAACUGCUGAGGAACACACACACAUACCCAAACACACACAUAUUAGAACAUUUCUCGGACUCUUCCCACAAUCCACUACACUCCUCAGCUAACAGCGACACCAGUCAGUAAGCUGCCUCUUGUGCCAACAAGCACACACAAUAAGGACUCAAGGGUUUGCUUCCCUUUAAAGAACAAACAGGAAUAUAAGCAUUAUUUCAUGUUUCCAGUACUUCCAGUCAGAAUUGGGCUGAUGGUUUUUUCUGUAUCAGUAUUGGUUUCUGUUUGCUCAGUGGAGAGAUGAGAAAAAGGUUUUCCUAUUAAAAGACAGUUAUUACCAAAUAAAGGUUUAAAUUCCAAUAUCACACACCAUAUAUACUAUUAAGGAUAUCCAGAGUUCAACCUAUAUAGGGUUUUAAAGGCCGAUGUCUGCUGAAGCCGCUGAAACUCAUUCCAGUAUUCAUUACGUACAAUUAAAUGUAAUUCAUACAGAAAUGACUGUGUGCUGAUGCAACGCUGACACAAAAAUUAUGUUUACAAAUGUGCUACAUCAUUUCAGUGAUCAUCAGAUCACAACAGUUUGUCUUCAAAGUAGGUGUCACAUUUUGGCAAAGGAUUUUCAGUCCACUUGGGUCUUGUCCCGGACCACCUCCAUUAAUGUUUUUAAUCCUCACAGAAUCUAGUGUUUGGUGGGGGUGCUGGAAAAUCUGGUGUGUUCACAUAGCUAAAAUAGUGUCAUGUGACUGCUUGUGUUCUGUAUGUAUUUUACAGCUAGCAAGCUCCGUUAUUUGAUAUGGACUCUGUUAAACAAGCAGUUACACAGAGUGUUUUUGCAAUUGUUCGCAGCACUGUAUUCACCCACAGUUCAAGAGCCUUUGCAAAUCUAAAAUGGAAUAUUUUUUUCGAUACUGGAGCUUUUCCAAGGUUUUCCUUCAUGGAGUAUUCAAACCAGGAAGUCACAUUCCUUAAAUGCUCUGUGACGGUCAAUGAGGGUUUCAUUUCACAGGCGUUUCACAGGAGAUUUUUAAUGAAAGGAUAUUGACAAAGCUUCCAAUGACAUAUGAGGAAAUACUGGUUUACAUAUAAACCUCGUCGAUUGUGCCAUGAAAGACUUCUGUUAUGUGGAUCAGUUUAAGCGUCUUACAUGAGAAUAAUCAUUGCUUUUUGUUAUGGUGUUUUGAAUAGUUUGGUGGUGAUGAGACAGUUUGUGCAGUUUUUUUGUUGUUUCAGAGAGCAUCCCGAACUCCACAGUGCCUACCCUUUAAGGUUAAGUUUAGUCAAAUCUGUCUUUGUCUGUCGUCUUUGCACAUAUUCGAGUGGAAAAGCAGUUCUCUUGUUUCAGUGGCGCAUCUUAUAUUUUUAAGAGUUGCAGUUGGUUGCUGUGACUCUGUUUGAGACAAACUCACUGAUAGCUGUAAUUAGAAUGCAAGAUGAGGAAACAUUUUUCAAGAUUGUGUGUACAUAUGUGACCAAGACCGACUUACAGGUAGUCAGUACAUUCAAAAAGGAGUACUUACAUUUUCCCAAACCAACUAAAGGCCAAAUUCAAGGAGGUAUUAGAUUUGUACUGUACACUGACAUGCUUUAACUCACGAUUUUCAAACUACCAGUGGACUUCCUCAUAUAACCAGCUCUGUUUGUGAUAAGUGAUGAUAAGAGCAUUGCAAAAACGGGUUAUUUCAGUAGAUCCUAAUCUAGAUCAUAUGCAGUGUUUAUGCAUUCUGACUUAACCAAACUCUUAUAAAAUCUUAUAUUUUUGUUAACAUGGCUGGUUAUUUUCAUGUGAAUUAUCAAGUAAAGUCAGUUUACUCCCCUCUAUCACCGCAAUUGAAAACCCAUAUUAAUAAUGCAAUGUAACCACAUUAACAAAAUGAUCUUCUAAUAACUGAAUGUAAUACAAACAACAUAUGGAAAAUGAAAAUGCCAAGCUAUCCCUUUACAGUUCUUAUUCAGCAGGUAUUACCGUUACAUUCUGUUACACAUCUACCUCUUCUAUCUGUCGCUCAGUCUUUAAAGUAAGAUCCACAUUUGCAUUAUUACUCAUGAACAUGAAAAUGUUUCCAUCUUUAUGACCAUCCUGAGUGCAGAUUUGUUAGGAGUUUUUUUAAAAGCCUACUGUGAUGAUGUCCUUCCAGUCAUAUGCUGCCAUUGAAUCAUCACAGAUGCAACCCACUGUUUAUAAAGGAAGAUGAACAAACUGCAAUUUAAUAAUAUUGAUUUUAUAAACUGAGUUUUUGGGAGAUUAAGGUGGUGGGGGUGUUCAAUUCAGAUCAAUAUUUUUUGUAUUUUAUAACAAUUGGUGUUAAAUAAUGUGUCAGGUACAUUUGUGUCUUUUUUGUUGAUGAUGUGGGUGGUUUUUACAAUUAAAAGUUGUUUUAUAAAUA